CACCCUGGACACGGUGUUUGGGUCGGUUUGGUGAUCCAGGCACGUCCAGGUCUGGAGCCUGAGGCCAGCUGAGAUGCUGGGUGGAGAUGUGGUCGCCGUCUGGGAGGUGGCGCUGAGCGACGGCGUCUAUCGGAUCGAGUUCGCUCACGGAACAACCACUGGGAAACGUGUCGUAUACGUCAACGGGAAGGAAGUGGUCAGGAAAGACUGGAUGUUCAAGCUGGUGGGUAAGGAGAGCUUCACGGUCGGAGGCGCCGGCACCAAAGCCACCAUCAACAUCGAGGCCAUCAGCGGCUUCGCCUACGAGUAUUCUCUGGACGUCGGCGGGAAAAGUCUGCAGAAGUUCAUCGACAACCGAGCGAAGACCACCAAGACGUGGCUGCUGUCGGUGGACGGGGAGGACUGCAGGGUGGUUCUGGAAAAGGACACGAUGGACGUUUGGUGCAACGGACAGAAAAUGGAGACGACGGGGGAGUUUGUGGACGACGGCACUGAGACUCACUUUUCUCUGGGAGAACACGACUGCUGCAUCAAAGCUUCCAGCGGCGGGAAAAAGAAGAAGAACGGCAUCGAUCAUCAUCUGCUGCUGGACGGACAGAACGUGUCGCCGCAGUAGAACCGAACCACCGGACUCUCAGAGAAAACAGAACCUGAGCAGGAAGCAGCUCUGAAAACGUCGUUUUAUCUCAAAUGUCCAAGUCCUGCAUCAGAUAUUAAAGCAGCUGCUGGUCCGAAGCUGAGCUCUGGAAAAUAUUCUGGCUGAAUUUUCUGAAACUUCUCAUGAAAACAGGAACUUUUUGAGGCCACGGCAACGACAACUUUUUAAAAAUAUUUAAAGACACUGAUGAAUUAUUGUUGUCAUUUUGGGUACAUUUUAAGUCAUUUUACAAAAAUAUCAGGUCAUUUUGAUAAUUUUCAUGUUAUUUUGGGAACAAUUGUGAGUCAUUUUAGAAAAUGCUGAGUUUUUAUGACAGCAUUUCAGUCAUUUAGGAGAAUCUUGAGUCAUUCUGAGAAAAAUUUGAGUCAUUCUGGACGAGUUUAAAGACUUUCUGAGUAAUUGUGAACAAUUUUGGACACUUUUUAAAAUCAUUUUGGAAAUGUUAAUUCUGGAGAACUUCACAGUGAUGUUCUUCUCUUGUGUUGUAGUCGAGCUGAAAUCCAACAUAAACGGUUGAUAAAUUCAUUUUUUCUUCAUUUUAAUUCAGUUUAAUGUGAGUUUGAAUUUUCACAGCCAGACAACAUCAUUUGGCCCUUUUUUUAACUUUGGUGACAUUAAAAAAAAAGCUUUUUAUAGUUUAUAUCAGUUCUUAUGUACAACCAUCAUUGUUGAAAUAAAUAUAAAUAAAGGGAGACGUGAG